AAAUGAACCCAGUACAUGCGAGUCUACUUCAUUACGGAUGACCUAAGGUCACACCCAUGCACAAACAAUAGAGAAGCGUACAGGCUGGCGGCCACGCCCACUCGACGCCCCACCGCCCAGAGAACAGGAGAGGACAUUUUACCUCGUCUCCUUGCGCCAUUCUUUCUGGUCUACAGAAACUACUCGGAGUUCAGCAUGUUCCAGUACGGCGGUUUCUGUCAUUUCCUGUUCCUUUUGCUGAUUUGUUAUUUUGUGGAGUCAUGUGUCCAGAAGUAUAUCCAAGCGCAGGUUCCGGAGAUGCUGGAGCCUGGUUAUGUUGUUUCUCAUGUGAAUUUGGAAGAUUGUGGGGUCGGGUCUCUGGAUUUUACUUCCAGUGACCCAGCUUUCACAAUACAAAUGGAUGGCACCAUCCAGGCUGUACGUGUAACCAUGGUACCAGAGGAUGGCAAGUCUUUCUGGAUAACUGUCCAGGACUGCAAGGGUCACAGGUGGUUUGUGGAUGUCAAUCUUUCCCUCACUGGUCAGGUGUCCAACAAUGCAGUUCUCAAACGUUCCAAAAGAGCCUGGGGUCUUCCACCUUUCCAAAUUAAAGAAAAUGACAAGGGUCCUUUCCCCAAGGAUAUGGAUAUGAUUGCAUCAGACACUUCGUUAAAUUACUCGCUUUAUUACGUGAUUGAGGGAUCUGGUGUUGACCAACCCCCUAUGAAUUUGUUCUCAAUUACCAAAAAGGGUGGAAUGUUAAAAGUCCAUCGCUCCAUUGACCGUGAGCAGUACCCCAAGCUUGAAUUUCAAGUCCGUGCCUUCAGUGUCUUAACCAAUCAAGAAACUGAUUUGCCUAUGAAAGUCACUGUGAUCAUAGAGGAUGAGAAUGACAAUCCUCCACAGUUCACUGGCUCGCUGGACUUUACUGUGCAGGAGCAAUGUCCCGUGGGCACUGUUGUAGGUCAAGUGACUGCAACAGAUAAGGAUGAAGCAAACACCCUUCACACAAAGAUCAAGUACAGACUAAAGAAUGGCACGCAACUGUUCCGUAUUGACCCCUCCACUGGAGUUAUCUCUGCCACUACCAGCAAACUGGACAGAGAGACAGUAGAGAAGUAUUUUCUUGAAAUAGAGAUCAGAGACAUGGAUGGAGCAACUACCGGUCUUAGCAGCACAGGUUGGGCUGUGGUGUCUCUGGGUGAUAUAAAUGAUAAUCCACCAACCUUUACAAAACCAAUGUACAAAGGCAAAGUGUUGGAGAACACAGCAGAUGUCUUGGUCUCCAGGAUCGAUGUGAAUGACAAGGACUUGAAGAACACCCCUAACUGGAAAGCAGUGUAUGAAAUCACAAAGGGCAACGAAAGUGGCAACUUCUCGAUCAAAACAGAUCCGGUCACAAAUGACGGCCUAAUUUAUGUUACAAAGCCUCUGAAUUAUGAGCAGGGAUCUACAAUUAACCUGGAAGUGAUUGCACGUAAUGAGGUUCCUCUUGUAGGAACCAGCUCCUCCUGGCAGAAAGUGCCUGUAGAGCUCAGUGUGGAAGAUGUGGAUGAAGGACCGGAAUUCUCUGCACCUGUACUCAAGCUCAGAGUUAAAGAGGGUGUCCUCAAUGGGACUGUAAUUGGAACCUACACAGCCACUGAUCCAGAGACCAAAAGUAGCAAGGACAUAAAAUACUAUAAGUUGACUGACCCAGGUUCCUGGAUCAAAGUGAUGGAGAACACUGGCGAGCUGAAAACAGCAGUGAUCAUUGACCGAGAAUCGCCACUUGUAUAUAAUGAUGCAUAUAACAUCACUGUCAAAGCAGUAGAUAAGAGUCGGAAGACUGGUACCGGUACGGUGGUGAUCCUCAUUGAGGAUGUGAAUGAUAAUGCCCCAAUGAUCACAAAACCAGACCAGGUUCUGUGCAGCAAAGAUGGUGCAAGGGACUCCAUCCUCCUCACGGCUAAAGACCUUGACCUGGCGCCAUACUCGGAUCCAUUCAUCUUUGAACUGGCCAGUACGGAUGCUGAGCAGUGGAGGCUAAAGGGUGCCACAGGUACCUCAGUAAUGCUGGAGCCAGCUGUGGACUUGCCCAAUAAUGUAUACAAUGUCAAAAUAAAAGUGAAGGACCUUCAGGGUUAUGGAGAAGAGCAAGUGGUGUCCGUGCGAAUAUGUGAAUGUGCGAAGGAGGGUGUGUGUGCACCACAAUACUUUUCCACUGUACUAGGAGUGUGGGGUAUUCUUGCCCUACUGCUGGGCCUCCUGCUGCUUCUACUGCUGUGUCUGCUAUGCGUACUUGCGUGCAGCACAAAGGAAGAAAAACUGCCUAUAGCUGAUGAUGAUGAUACAGCUGGUGGGAUGCUGCUCAAAUCCAACCUUGAAGCUCCAGGGGAGGAAGUGAAAGAUGCGCUGCUACUGAUGCCUGGCAGUGGGGUAGAUGCAGUAGACACCUUUAAAGGAGGAAGCAUCCCAGGGCAUCAGACCAUACUGAGUUCAGCCGGAUUUGGACAGAAGCAAACUUAUGGAAGCAGCAUGUACCAGAACACACAUGGCUUCACGACCACCAACACUUUAUCCUCUGGACAGUACAACACAGGCAUGCAUGGCAACUCCUAUAGGAAAUAUGCCACCAUGUCAACAAUGGAUGGGUGGAGGGAAAAUAAGAUUCCGUUUGAUACACAGAAACUGGCCUACUUGCGAGAGGAGUCAGAUGGGCGAUUUGCAGAGGAUAUCCUGAGGCCUUAUGGGUAUGAGGGAGUGGGCUCUCCUGCUGGGUCUGUUGGGUGCUGUAGUAUCCUCAGUGAACAGGAGUCACUGGAUUUCCUGAAUUCUCUUGGACCCAAGUUCAAAACGCUUGCUGGUGUAUGCACAAGCAAGUCACAGGGGGGGAGACCGUGAAAUGGGUGGCAAUACAGCUAAGAAAAUUGGAGAAAUAGCCUGAGAAUUUGAAGUAGGUCAUUAGAAUGGUUCUGCCUUCCCUAAGACAAAGAGGAAAAUAAGGAGAAAUGCAGAUACCCUGGAUGUUGUGAACACUAGCUGCUGAAAUGGGUAUUACUAUCUGGAGUCUAAGCCAGAAAAAGGACUGCUCCUUUCAAAUUAAGUGUGCAGAGUAUGUAGGGUUUUUUUUUUUAUAUAUUUGGUUGCUUUGCUGUUGUAUGUACUACAAUAGGCUGGAUCUCACUGUCAAAGCCAAUGAAUUUUUUUUUAAAUGAUUUCUUUAUUGUGUAAUAAAAUGAUUUUCCACAGGGACUGUGAGGCCCUAACAUGCCCCAGCAGUACCCAAGUUUUAAUGGGCCUCCAAAAAAAAGCUGAUAUCAUCUGCCUCUAAAAUGGUUAAUUCAAUUUCUGAAACUGCAUUUCCACAUUUAGUUUCUACUAUAACAAGCUUGCUUUUAAUUAUUAAACGCAAAUGAAUGUAAAGAUUUCGGAGACGUCUUUCCAUUUUUACAUGUUUGUGUAGGGGCUGUUGGUUCUGGUAUAUUGCUAGUGUUUAGUAGAACCAUGUCAUGGCGGUUCUGAGUAUUACCAUAGGACUGAUGGAUUCUUAAAACCAUUUGGUAUCAUAUUUUAUCAGAAUAUGAGGAAUUGUUUUUGUGGCAGGAAAGAAAUGACCUUAAGUUUAAGCAGGAGUAAUGGAGACUGCUGGUCUAUGACAGUUUCUCUGCAUUUAGUGCAUCAUGCAAGAUGUCAAUGUGGAGCAUGACUGAGUGAGGCACAUCUAAGAAACUCCUCAAACCAAACUCAUGCCAUCAUUCUUUAUAAGCUACUGUUGUCAAUGCUUUCUUUGUUGGUAUGCUUUUCUGUGAAAUUGUUGUAACUGUAGGUUUUUUUUAUUAAACCUUUUAAAGAUA